AUGAGUCUCAGCGUCUACUUCCCGCCGAGUGCAAGUCAUUCACAAAACUUCGUACCUCGCAAGUCUUACAACCUGUCAAGACUCGGCGUCAUGAGCGGAGAAUCUGCAACGCCGACGAGCUUUACCUCCGCGGAGCGCAUCCGCCAACUCAACGAGAUCGACCAAGAUGUUGCAAAGCUCAUUCACUCAGCCGGUCUAGCAAUCCAAGCGUUGACCAAUGCAAAGCCGAACUCCCCUUCCUCCGAGGUUCCAGAGGGCUCCCUCGAAUCCCACAAGACGCAGUUUAAAGACGCAACACAGCAAUACUUCGCUCUCCUCUCCUCAAUUGAUGUUCGACUACGUCGCCAGGUCUACGCUUUAGAGGAAUCUUCUGUUCUGGCGCCGGAUCCAAUUGGGCGAGCAGGCGAUGUGAGCACUGGUACCGCCGGAGCUGCAGGGUCAGUUGCCUCCAAUUCUCUGGACAUCAGCUGGCUCAACAGCCGAAAGGACACGGUCGGGAAGGACAAAGAAGCUGAAUUGUGGGCUGCUGCGCGGGGAUUUGUGGAACAGCUGAAUAAGUCGACGGGUGAGCCAAACGACUCCAGCAAGUCGAAUGGCGAUUCCGAAAUGCAGAUGGAUUGA